UACUUUCAUGGAUCACAUUGUUAUUAAAACUGAUGUUUUCUUUACCAUUCUCCUUCUAAUUCCUCUUUUCUUGUUCAUUCUCAAGUCUUUCAAAACUCGGUCACAGGCUAAACAACCACCACUUCCACCAGGACCAUAUUCAUGGCCAAUUUUAGGCGACCUUCUCCAAGUGGGAGAUAAGCCUCAUAUCACACUAACUAAACUAGCACAAACCUACGGGCCACUCUUCUCACUAAGACUUGGAAACCAACUUGUGGUAGUAGGAUCAUCACAAGAGGCUGCAAUUCAAAUCCUGAAAACCCAUGACCGCAUUUUAUCAGGUAGAUAUGUUCCUCAUGUGGCACCAGCCAAGAGUUUGGAACACAACAAUUUAUCUCUUGGAUGGAAUCUUGAGUGCAACAAUAGUUGGAAGCUUUUACGUACUCUUUACCGAACCACGCUUUUCUCAAGUAAAGCAAUAGAGUCUCAAGCCUUUAUAAGAGAGAAAAAGGUGGUUGACAUGGUCGGAUUUAUCAGUAAAAUGCAAGGGGAUGUGGUGAAAAUAAGACAGGUAGUAUUUGCUACUUUGUUUAACAUGUUGAGUAACAUAUUGGUUUCAAGGGAUCUCAUAAGCUUAGAGCAUGAGAGUUUAAAAGGAGGGAUCAGUGGACUAAUGAGGAAUAUCAUGGAAGUAGCUGCAACACCAAAUAUUUCUGAUUUUUAUCCAAUUCUUGCUGGACUGGAUCUCCAAAGAUUACGAAAGAAGUCUAAUGAUUUUUUUGAUAAGGCUAGUGAAAUAUGGGAGCCUAUCAUAAAAGAAAGGAGAGAGGUUAUGUCAGGUGAUGCUUCAAGCCAACAAGAUUUUCUGGACGCCCUCAUCAAAAACGGUUCUUCAGAUCUUCAAAUCAAUAUCCUGCUUCUGGAGCUGUUAUCUGCUGGCACAGAUACUAGUAGUUCAACUGUAGAGUGGACUCUAGCAGAACUUCUAAAGCAUCCGAAAUGCAUGAAGAAAGUUGAGGAAGAACUGAAGAAAGAAAUUGGCCAAGACUUAAUAAAGGAAUCACAUGUACCAAAGCUAACAUUCCUUCAAGCCUGUGUCAAAGAAACUCUAAGGUUGCACCCACCUGGACCGUUACUCCUUCCUCACCGCGCUGUGGAGUCAUGUGAAGUGAUGACAUAUACCAUACCAAAGAACUGUCAAGUGUUGAUAAAUAUUUGGGCCAUCGGACAAGAUCCUAAAAUUUGGGAAGAUCCUUUGGUCUAUAAACCAGAGAGAUUCUUGGACUCAAAUUUGGAUUUCAAAGGGAAUGAUUUUGAAUUCAUACCUUUUGGCUCUGGAAGGAGAAUAUGCCCUGGUAUGCCCAUGGCUACAAAGCAUGUUCCAUUGAUUCUUGCUUCCCUGAUCCAUUUCUUUGAUUGGUCUCUUCCUUAUGGUAGGGAUCCAAAAGACCUGGACAUGACCGAGAAGGUUGAUCUGACUUUAUGCAAGGAGCAACCUCUACUUCUCAUUCCUAAAGCUAAAAUAUAAGCUUGAAGUUUGCUAGCGUGAUCGAGAGGGUUCUCUUAUCAUUUAUUUUCUUUGUCAUUUUGUAAUAUAAUGAUCGUUUGCUGUGCUGAUUGAACAGCAUAAUCUGUGCCAGUGCCACUGCUGUUCUGUGUAUCUGUAAUUGAUGGAUUGUAAUUGUGUUUACUUCCUGCCUGCUUUAUUUUAUCACGCAAGAUUGGCAUAAAACAGACAGUAGAAUAGAUUAUUGCUCUCAUUGUAAAAUAGAUUAUUGUUCACUUAUCUUGU